AUGAUGGUUUCACCAACAUUUUGGUUCAUGAAAUUGAUUAUCUUUUUUGUGCUUUUAUGCACGUUCGUUCGAAUCAGCAGCACGCAACCACUGCUUGAUGAUAAUGAUGACGAAGAUCAAACAAAGCUUUAUAGUCCAUUUUUCAAGAAUUAUGUUGCUGCUCUUGGUCGACUUACUAGUAAUACUCGUCAUAAAUUCCAUAUUCCGCAACAUAUACAUGAUGAUCAUCAACAAAAAAAAUUACUUCAUCAAACCAAAGAACAUCAUCCAGACAGUGAACAAUUGACGAAACGUAUUAUUAUGUUGCCACGAGUCGGUCGUCGUUCAAUUUGA